AUGGCGGACGGGGAAUUCUUAAGAAAAUCUCUCUAUUUAAACUUCACUUCGUCACACCUUAACAUUUCCGGUUUGCCGAGAAACGUGCUGUGUUACCUAUGGGGAAACUGUACCAACAACACGAGGGACCUGUUGUUUCCGGUUGAUCGAUGUGACGUUGCUGUGUUCGAUUCCUAUGUGGAUUUUACCCAGAUCAACACGGUUCACGCCGCCAUUGUGGUAGGCUAUCUUCUGGUAAUGGUAUUUGCCGUGUUUGGAAACAUGUUAGUGAUUUGGACUAUCUGGAGGAAUACCCACAUGCAUACUGUGACCAACUAUUAUAUUGUGAAUCUCGCUCUGUCCGAUUUCCUUGUCUCGUCCAUCGUCUUACCGUUGAAACUCCUGGAAUACACGAGCCCCUGUGAUUGGCAGAUUUUUGGCCACGAUGGCCUGUGCGCUGUCGUUUACUAUAUCUUUCCAAUUUUCGUCUUUGCUAGCGUGCUUACGCUCGUCGCUAUUUCUUUGGAAAGAUACUACGCUAUUGUCCAUCCUCUGUCUGCCAUGAAAGUCAACAGUAAGUCUAGGACAAAGAAGAUAAUAGCGGUCACGUGGGUCAUUCCAAUUGUCAUCUGCACGCCUUACCUAUAUUGUGGAAGUUUUGCAUUUGAAUCUCGCAGCCAUUACGGUUCUGUGUCCCGCCAAAUCUGUGCUGAUCGAUUCGAUGAGAUAGAUGGCGGUACUGGUAACUUCCGGCGGGUGUUCUUCCUCGUUCUGGCUGCGUUUAUGUACUUUCUCCCAAUGAUAAUCAUCAUCACAACAUGUUCGAGGAUUGCCCGGUCCCUUCUUCAACCUAUCAUUAUCGAAAGCUCCCAGUCUGGUACUAGGAAUUGUAAACGGCGAGAUGAGGUCAACAAGCGCAAGGUUGCUCGGAUGGUAAUAGUGAUUGCAGUGGCCUUCAUUCUGUCCUGGUCUCCGCUGUACGUUGUCAGUAUUGUAAGCCAGCUGCAGGGUCAAGGGAACAGUUUUCUUCUGCAUAGUAACUUUCUAUUUACCAUGUUGAUUGUUCAUCUCGCAGGAUUCAUUAAUAGUUGUGUAAAUCCAUUUAUCUACACCGCCAUGAGUAAAAAAUUCCGGAAAAGUUUCAGUCGGACCCUUGGUAAAAUCUUCUGCAAUUAUUACUGCCGGCAGAGAUUAUUUCUAUACAGGGAUAGCAUCAUACAGAGGCGAUCUACAGCUUACACAAGCGCGUCACGUGGGUCAUUCAUUGACCCGGAAGCAGAACCAUUACAAAGCGAAUUGAGAGAGAGGGCACCCACAAAAGGGAAAGAAUCACAUAGCAGUAGUAGUGAGGGGGACUCCUCUUGUCGGUCACAGAGUAGACUAUGUAAGGCUGCCAAAGGGAGACAACCAAUGCCGCAAGAGAACGUUUGUGGAACUGAGGAUGUAGGUGUUGUUGACGACUCAGACGUGUGCACUAACAUAUCUAUGGUAAGCACCCAAUGCCCAACAUCUUUACAGAUCAUUGAUCACUCUGGACACGGCAGAUCAGUCACAAGCAGUCAAAUAAUGCCACGACAUUGUCAAAUUCGGAGCUUUAUGGAACCCAACAAGAACGGUUUGAAGACAGAGACGUUUAUCCUACGGGACAUCAAAAAAUCAGAGUGUGAAGCAGACGGUCACGUGCACACACUUAUCAUGUGUAUCGGAGACGUAAACGAAGUAAACUCCAGAGAGGUCAAUCAGGACGCGUGCACGUGA